GGGGAGGAGAGCGGCGGCCGUAGGAGGCAUCCCCUGCCCAUGAGGGCCUGAUGGAAAACACAAAGGACCUGUCUGAACAUCCUUCACGGUCAGAAAGGAAGAGACGUGACUCAUUCGGGAUGUUUGAUGGUUAUGAUAGCUGCAGUGAGGAUACCAGUAGUAGUUCCAGUUCUGAUGAGAGUGAAGAGGAAGUUACUCCAUUGCCCUCAAGUCUCCCAAUUAUCAAGAACAAUGGACAGGUCUACACAUAUCCAGAUGGCAAGUCUGGCAUGGCUACCUGCGAAAUGUGUGGGAUGGUUGGUGUCAGAGAUGCCUUUUACUCUAAAACGAAGCGUUUCUGCAGUGUUUCCUGCUCAAGAAGUUACUCAUCGAACUCAAAGAAGGCCAGCAUUCUGGCCAGACUUCAGGUAACGGGAAAACCUCCAACUAAGAAGGCUAAAGUGCUACAAAAACAACCUUUAGUUGCUAAAUUAGCUGCAUAUGCUCAAUACCAAGCGACGGUACAGAACCAAUCAAAGACUAAAACAGCAUCUGUUCCAGUGGAAGGUUUCAAUUGGGGCAACUACAUCAAUAGCAAUAGUUUCACAGCAGCUCCUGUUAACUGUUUUAAACAUGCACCUAUGGGGACUUGUUGGGGUGACAUCUCAGAAGGUGUGCGUGUAGAAGUUCCUAACUCAGACUGCAGUCUACCUACCAAAGUCUUCUGGAUUGCUGGAAUUGUGAAAUUAGCAGGUUACAAUGCUUUACUAAGAUACGAAGGCUUUGAAAAUGAUUCAAGUCUUGACUUCUGGUGUAACAUCUGUGGUCUUGAUAUCCAUCCGGUUGGUUGGUGUGCAACCAGUGGGAAACCUCUAGUGCCACCUCGAUCUAUUCAGCACAAGUACACAAACUGGAAAGCUUUCCUGGUGAAACGACUCACUGGUGCCAAAACUCUUCCUCCUGACUUCUCUCAGAAGGUGUCGGAAAGCAUGCAGUAUCCUUUCAAGCCUUCUAUGAGAGUAGAAGUUGUAGAUAAAACACAUCUUUGCCGAACACGGGUAGCAAUUGUAGACAGCGUAAUAGGAGGCAGGCUAAGAUUAGUAUAUGAAGAAAGUGAAGACAAAACAGAUGACUUCUGGUGCCAUAUGUACAGCCCACUCAUUCAUCCCAUUGGUUGGUCUCGAAGUAUAGGACAUCGGUUCAAAAGAUCUGAUGUCGCCAAGAAACAGGACUCUCACUUUGAUGCACCCCCACAUUUAUUUGCUAAGGUAAAAGAUACUGAGUCAAGUGGAGAAUGGUUCAAGGAGGGAAUGAAAUUGGAAGCCAUAGAUCCGUUAAACCUUUCUGCAAUAUGUGUGGCAACGAUUAGAAAGGUACUAGCAGAUGGAUAUCUUAUGAUUGGAAUUGAUGGCUCUGAGGCAGCAGAUGGCUCUGACUGGUUUUGUUACCAUGCCACCUCCCCUUCUAUAUUCCCUGUUGGUUUCUGUGAAAUUAACAUGAUAGAACUAACUCCACCCCGAGGUUAUGCAAAGCUACCUUUCAAAUGGUUUGACUACCUCAGGGAAAUGGGUUCUGUAGCAGCCCCUGUGAAGCUCUUUAACAAGGAAGUUCCAAACCAUGGGUUUCAUGUCGCAAUGAAAUUAGAAGCUGUGGAUCUCAUGGAACCUCGUCUAGUAUGUGUGGCCACAGUAACACGCAUUAUCCAUCGUCUGCUGAGGAUACAUUUUGAUGGCUGGGAAGAUGAAUAUGAUCAAUGGGUAGAUUGUGAAUCUCCUGACCUCUAUCCUGUAGGAUGGUGUCAGCUAACUAGUUACCAACUACAGCCUCCUGCAUCACAGUCAUCGAGAGAUAACCAGUCAAGUUCAUCAAAGCAGAAGAAAAAGUCUAAGUCACAACAGUAUAAAGGACACAAAAAAAUAUCUUCACUGCAGCUGAAGGAGGAGUUGCUAGAUGGAGAGGAAUUCAACUUUCUUCAAGGCGCAUCUGAUCAGGAAAGCAAUGGGUCAGCCAGCCACUACAUCAAACAAGAACCCUAAGGGCAAAUCAGGGCAGGAUGGUACAAAAAGAGCUUUUCUUCAAGACUGACCUUCCCAUUCUGAUGAUACAGUUUGAUGGCUUCUACUAAGGGCACUUUGCUAACUGCAGAUAAGAUUUCAAUUCAGAAUUUUUGGAGGACGAGGAAACUAUUUUAGUGGAAAAAAAGAUUUUUCAAUUUAUUAAAAAAAAAGUUGACACUUUUGUGUUGUAUCUGAAGCUUUUAAAAGAAUUUUUGUAAUAUUUUCGAGUUCAGAUUUAUUGUGCAUUGUUAAAAAAAAUUCUAAUUUUUUGGUAAAAAUUAAAAGCGUAACUAUAGCAGGAUUGCAGGAAACCCUUUGAGGAGGAUGAGGUGGUAGUAUAGUCAAACACAAAUGAACUGUUUGUAACAAGUGAACCUUCUGGUACAAGCUGGGAGAUUCUGAAUUUGAAAGCUACACUAGUCAUAUCCUGUCUUUUCCACAGUGAAACAAUGAGACUUGAGUCUUAGGGUGGUGAAAUAUACCAAAAUAGGUUGAAAGAUUGGAGUCUGAAAAGAAUUUCUCCUAGAAGUGGCAACAUUACUGACAACUGUCUGCUUAAAGAUUCUGGAGCAUCAAGCCCUGGCCCAACCUUUGGUGAGAUUAUUGGGUGUUGGACUGGAUACUGCUGCAUUGUGGUUUCUUGUUCAUAUUUUAUGACUUGGGAUAUUCACAGAAAUUAUCAGCAAAGCUUCAACUGGUUUCAACUGGUUUCAACUGCAGAGGAUAUAAGAUUAGGACCUUUUUUCUUGUGCAAGGAAAGGGAGACAGACUCAAAAGGCCCUUUUCUACCAACAUGUUCACAAGCUUACUUUCCAUCCUAGUGGAAAUCACAGCCACUGAAGAGGUAAAGGCUGGGAAGAAGGACAGAAUUCUGCUUCGAAACACAGCAUUUUGCUUCCUCACACAUUGAGAAAACCCUUUAGCUUGUUAAGAAUUGAGCUGGCUUGCUUAAAGAUGGCUUCAGCGCUGCUUUAGGCAUCAUAUUUUUCUUGACUUGGCUGCUGAUACCAUUGUCAAGCAAACUGUUUUCAAGAGUUUGUACUGACUGGUGUGACAAGGAUGCUGAGUUACCUGGAAACUUUUCCCAGUGAGUCAAAUCUGUGUGGAUAUUAACAGAUAGCUUCAUUCACAGAAUUUAAUAUGUUGACAUUUCCACUCUGCAGUGUUGUGACAGGAUGAUGUGUGUCAAGAGUUUUGCUUUUACCAGUAAGGUUCAUUAACUAAACUCUCAGGAAUUAACUGCUUAUGUUCUGUAACUGCUUCUGGGUCAUAGCAAGUCCUCUUUAGAGCAGUAUAAAUGUCGAAUUCUUGACUCUAGGGUAGAAUUUAGAAGAAAUUAAUCCUGUAGAUUAACCUCUACACCCUUUAAGCCUAAUGCUUUACGACUAGCAACUCAUAAAGCCCCAGAGACAAUUUUUUGGCAUAUAAAUGUUUUGAAUUUUUAAGAAUGCAUAGAAAGUUGAAAACCAGCAAUUUUGAUUCCUUUCUUAAUUAACUUGCUCUAUUGUUGGGUACAUACCAUUGGUGAUAUGCAAAGGUUUACCACAUUCUAUGCAAGAGGGGAUAAUGGUUUAAAAUUUUGUAGUAACUACUGGAAGUACAUUUUUUUCUGUAUAGUACAGGAAUGUAUGAGAACUUUUUCUUGUCAAUUUUUUUCUUCAUAUAGCUGGGCCAUUUUUGAAAACUGCUUUAUGUAUACAUAUUUUUUAAACUUGAGUAUCAGGUGUCAAAUACUGGUGAAUUUAGGUGGCAAUUACAUAUUUUAAAUAUGUUCAUGAUCCAGCAAAGUGUGAGGGUAAAUCCUGGCUUAACUGGUCUGCCUUUUCUUUUUCUCCCCCUGGAUAGAAUGCCCUCCCUUCUUCCAUAAGUGCUGCAUUGCAGCUCUUUUUGAAACUUCUCCAGUUUAGAAAGCAUCUGCUAAUGCCACAAAAGAGGGCUGCUCUUGGGGGAGGUGAGUAAAAAGUAGUUGGUGUGUGUGUGUGUGUGUGUGUGUGUGUGCACGCACGCGCAUGCACACACAUACACAUGCAUACAGUUCAUUGGAUCACAACCAAUAUUUUAAAGUCAUGGUCAAGACUGUCCUGCAAUCUCUUCCUUUUCCUUCCUACCUUCUUCCUUCCAAAAGUUUUACUUUAGAACAUUUCUUUUAGGCCAGUGACUCCCAAAAUGAAGGUGGCCCCAUAUCAUCAGACCAUCAAUUCCUCCGGAUAGAAUGACCUAAAUGGCAAAUGGGGAGACUCCACAGGGAAUUGUAACCAUGACAUGUCAGUGAUCACAUCUUCUUUCCAUCUUAAAGUGUAAUCCUAUCAAACUUGUCCACACAUAAUAGACAUGAUAAACUCUAUGCAGGACAGGUAGGACCAACGCUGAAGUGCUCAACGGCCAACAGUGUGGUACUAGUGUUGUCCUACAGGCUGACUUUGAAGUACUUAAUAUUAUAACUUGUAAAAGUAUUUCUUCUGAUUUUAGUAGGGACCACUUGCGUACCUAAUACUGCUCAAUGUGAAAAAGAGAUACAGAACAAGGCCCAUACAAGUCUCAUGAGGAAGAGAAGGCCAGAGUGAGAGCCAGGAUGUGUGUAUCAAUUGAUUCUUGUAUAGUCAUAAAAUCCAAACUUGAGUUUGAACCAAUGCAACACACCCUCUAAGUGGAGUUACUCCCCUUUUUCCUGACAUAUGCUUUGUAUCUUUAUACCUAUAUGAUGGACAGAAAUUUAGAAGGUGCAACUUUCCUCAUCACUGCACUUUUUAUACUUGGAAAACUUCGCAUGUUAAAUUUCUGCCAGUCAUGCAGCUGUAAAGGCACAGAGCCUUUGUCAGGAUUGAAGACGGCAACCCUACUUCUACCUCUGUUGAAUAUGGCAGCUCCUGGAAAAUCCUUAGCUAUACAUAAUCCCUACUACAUCAGCCCAGAAAGUGAACCUGAACCAGUCUCAGAAUAUCCUGCUGGACCUUUUCAGACCUGGAAUCAUGUUGCAGGGUGAUAAAACUUCAUUAGUACUAUGUUAUGAGUCCUCAGGUUUUUGGAGGCAGAUCUGCAGAUUUAUAUCAAGUUGGUGGCACUGCCAAACUUCCUCGAUUUUCCCAUUUCUGCCUGUGGGUAAAAUUCUAAAUCCUGAUACAUAUGAUAGAAAUUUUAAAUAUGAAAAAGUGACUUCUAUUAAAAUUCCUUCUAAUUUAAAUGCCAUGAAGCUUUUUUGAACAAGUCCAUGUUGCAGAUUAGUUGCCUAGGAGUCAGUUUUAUUUCUUGGUACUGAUUCUGAGCAACAUCUCUGUCUAGCCUCUUAACACAGCAGACUGGGUGGCAGUGAGCUUUAGUACUGGUUUAAUUGCUUUGGUAUGCAUGCAUUUUGGUAUAAUUUAGCUCUAAGAACAUUCUCUUUUUAUGUUACUGUGAACUAAAUGCAAACAAAUUGGGAUUGUGUUGGGGUGGGAAGUCAGUCAGGGGUUUGAGGCCUGUACUGAUGCUAAGAGUCAGCCAAUAAUUUCAGUAUUUGGCACAAGGCAGGAAUUUUUUUUAACAAGAAGGCACCACAGACAAGGUAAGUUACAUUGUAAGUGCUCCUUCUUUCUGCAUCUCAGAAUUUUACAGCUGACCUUUUUUCAUGUUUUAAAUUUCCUUGCUGAAUCUGAGGAAAGCAAAAGCAGUUAUCAACUUCUUGUUCUAUUGAUACUAACACGGGUUUCAGUGUUUGUUUGUUUUUAUUGUUGUCAUUUUUAUGUGAUGUGUACACCUUCUCCCAUCAAUAUUUGUAUUAUGGUGCUAAUAUAUUUGGUAACAAUCCUUUAUUGGAUAGGGAUUAAAACUGUGAUUAAAUUGAUUUUUUUUUUUCUUUUUAAUUUUCAUAUUUAAGUCUCAGCCAUUUAUAAAAAAAAAAGAACAAAAAAGCAUCAACUUCUGCCUCUGGGAAAACUAUCGGGACAGAAGUUUAAAAAAAUUGAAUAGGGUUUUUACAUCAGUUCUGUAUGUAUUUGAUAUAUAGAUCAAUAUCUGUAUAAAUUCAAUCUUUUAUUUUCUUGGUAACUUGUGUGGUCAUAUGGGAGCAUUUUAAAACCUCUAAUGAAAUGUACAUAACUCAGUGAAAAAUGCUUUUGAAGAAAUUAAUGUUACUUUCAUUUUUACCAGACUGCAGAUUUUCAAGCAUGGAUGUGAAAAAGCAUUAAAAUUAUAACUUUGUGUACAAGAUGAAAAUAAUUCACUAAAUUUGCCUUUUUUACACAAAAUAAAAAUGUUAAAGUAAAA